UGGCGACCAUUCGAUGAGCUGGCAUUUCCCCCGGAAGUAGGAAGUGUUGGCCGCGCUCCAAGCUAAAAUCGCAAAGCUGUGAAAGAUCGACACUUGAACGCACUUUAGUAUAUUACGUUUAGCAUUUUUCUUUGAGUGUUUGUUAGGUUCAUCUGCAGUGAUGAGUCUCCAGUGGACCGCCGUGGCCGCAUUCUUGUAUGUGGAGGUCUUUUUGGUGCUCCUCCUCUGCAUUCCCUUCAUUUCUGCUAAGAGGUGGAACAGUGUCUUCAGAUCUCGACUGGUCCAAACCAUAGCCUUAUAUGGCAACACUUCCUUCAUGGUGGCCAUGGCCAUUCUCGUCUUCCUCCUCAUUGAUGCUUUCCGUGAGGUGCGGAAGUACAGUGUGACAGAGAAAGUGGACUUGACCAACAAUCCCACCGCCAUUGAACACAUUCACAUGAAACUAUUUAGAGCGCAGAGGAAUCUUUACAUCGCCGGAUUUGCACUCCUACUUUGCCUAUUGCUGCGUCGUCUGGCCACUCUUCUUUCCCAGCAGGCCUCCCUGAUGGCGUCCAAUGAGGCUUUCAAGAAGCAGGCAGAGGGCGCGAGCAACGCCGCUAAAAGCUUCAUAGAUGAAAAUCAAGUGCUGCAGGAGAAACUCCGAGAAGCUGGCCUUGAGGUGCCAGAGCCGGGAAAGAAAGGAGAGGGAGUCCAGGCAGAGAACAAAACUUUAAAAGAAGAAGUUAAGACCUUAAAGGAGGAACUGGAAGCCACCAAGAAAGCACUCCGGAAGAGCGACGGCGACGUGACGGCGAUGAAGAAGCAAGCCGCUAACUUGACGCUGGAAUACGACCGACUGCUGGAAGAGCACAGCAAACUUCUGGCCAGCGGUGAUAAGAAGUCUGACUGAGAGGGAAGAUGGACGUUGACUUCCUGUAGCCAUCUAAGCACGUCGUUUGUUUCGUUUUGUCUUUGAAAAUCCUUUCAAAGUAAGAGCUCACAUUCUCGUUGCUGAAGGACUAUUUAGCCACCCUCGCUUAUGUGAAGCUUUCUUGCGUGACUCAUUUGUCACGCUGCCAUGGAUACUGCAACUUGUGUGUGUGUCAACUCCAAUACAAAACUCAUCACAAACUUGUUUCUGGCCGUACGUGUGUCAUUGUGAGAACGUGUGUACAAUCCAUGUGCAUGUAUUGGAUGGAAAGGGCUUGUGCGGUGUUGAAAGGCAGCUGCUGGGCUUCUUUUAGAAAGUACUUUUUUAGUCCCCUCUCCUCCCGCCAUCCACCCCAGGAUCUUGUUCCUUAAAGCGCUGACUUGGAAUGGAUACUGAGUUAUAUUUGGCCCUUCGUCCACCUCGGUGGCCAAACGGCGCCAUAUUGGGAAGGAAAGUGGCACUCUGGCCUGGACUGGUUCUGCUCCCAAUUCAAGAGACCGCUCAACUUUUUAAAAUCUGUAAUGUGACGUUAGGGUGACAAGAUGGCUGCCUCCCACUUUUGAAGGAAAUAUGGAUGUUUUAUUGUUAAGCAGUUGGAUAUUCUUUCACUUUUAAAGAACACAAAAGCUAUUUCCAAAUUCACAUCUUGUGUUUAUUGUUUGUGUUAAUUUGAUGGUCAAUAUCAAAAAUUGUAUAAUCAAAAGUACUUGCCGUGGCUUGAUAAGCACUAAAUAUUGCUAGGAAUUGAG